AUGGCAACAAAUUCUGUUUCAUCAAAUAUUCCAAAAAAAUCUAUAAAAGAUUUUAAGUUUAUUAAAGAAAUUGGUAAUGGUUCAUAUUCAACUGUAUUUUUUGCUAUUGAAACAGCAACAAAUCGUGAAUUAGCAAUUAAAGCAGUUAAUAAAGACUUAAUAAAACGAUUAAAAAAAAUUCCACAAGUUUUUCGAGAAAAAGAAAUUCUAGCACUAUUAAAUGAUUGUGAUUAUACAGUUAAACUUUAUUGUACAUUUCAAAAUGAAACUACUCUUUAUUUUGGUUUGACAUAUUGUUCGAAUGGUGAUCUUCUUCAAUAUAUAACUGAUGCUGAUCAUUUUGAAGAAAAUAUUGUACGAUUUUAUGCUGCUGAACUUGUUGAAGCACUUGAACAAUUACAUAAACGACAUAUAAUUCAUCGAGAUCUGAAACCGGAAAAUAUUCUUUUAACUGAUGAUAUGCAUAUUCAAUUAACUGAUUUUGGUUCAGCUGUUAUUAUUGAUAAAAAUGAAGUAUCUCAAACAGAUAAUAAUGAUAGUCAAAAUGGCGACAACAAAUCAGUACAACGAAAGAAUUCAUUUGUUGGUACAGCUCAAUUUGUAGCACCAGAAAUUCUUCAACAUGGUUCGAUUCAUAUUGGAUCAGAUUUCUGGUCACUUGGUUGUGUUAUUUAUCAAAUGGUUACUGGUAAGCAUCUAUUUCAUGGCUAUCAUGAAUAUGAUAUUUUCAAUGCUGUUGUUCGUGUUGCUUAUAAAUUACCUGAUAAUUUUCCAAAUCUUAUUGCUGAUCUUAUACAAAAACUUAUUCGUUUGGAACCAGCGGAACGACUUGGCAGUGAAGAAACAGGUGGAAUUGAUAAAUUGAAAGCACAUCCAUUUUUUAGUACGGAUUCUUAUGAUACUAAAUGGGGUAAUUUAUUGAAUCAACAAUCACCACUUGAACCUAAGGCGAAACUUAGUUCAAGGCCAAAGAUAAAUAAUGAUAAGGUAUAA